CAAUUCUGCAAAAUACAUAUAAAUUGUACUGUUUUGGGCGACAAAAUAUAAGCCAUUCGAUAAGUCGUAAAAAAUCCAUUGAAGCAGUCAGUAUAGCUAUCAUUGAAAUUAUUUAAACAAAAAUGAAAAUUAUCUGUGCAUUACUCUUCUGUGCUGUUUUAAAUAUUUUGGCGAAUGAUGAAAAUGUUGAUGGUGAUGAGCCAAAGGAUAGAAAGAAGCUCAACGCUACAAACAAACUCCUUCAAAUGCAUGUUAGUAAAAGUACACUUUGGGACAGAUUCAAACAUUUUGUUUGUCAAAAUAAGUACUCAAUGGAGCCCAUACUUGAGCGUGAACUGCAACAAGGACUACUCAUAGAAUCAGUUACAGGCAAUAUUCAAUUCGCUCAGGUUGAUGACAUUGGUAGUGGUACAAACAAUGUGAAAAGUCUUGGAGCUGACAGAAGAAUUCUGUUAAGACCACAUUUCAGAGAGUUAUUACUCGAUAUUAUAAAGAACCCAGAGAGCCACAAUGUUACAUUUGAGCAUACAUGUCGAUUGCUAGGAUUGUUCUUAAGUGUAAAGGAUGCAGAAAACUACUCAACUUCUGCUGUUGUUACACCUCCGCCUGACAAUACUUGUGUCAUAAGUCAUGGAGAAGCAAUCUUGAAGUCUUGCAAAUAUUUCUCACGUCUACGUCUUGUAGAGAACCAAGACCAUAAGAAUGUAAAGGGUGACAUAUCUCUUAAUAUAUUACGUUAUUAAUUGUUUUUGUAGUUUAAAUUUUUAGUAUAUUUGGAAACUUAUAUCAACAUUGUUUAUUAGUUUAAUGUACUGCAAAAUAAAAAGA